AGUUGCUAUUGAUAUUUUUCACAGAGUAUGCUGAAUUUCUACACUGCAAAGGGAGAAAAUUUACUGAUUUUGAUGAAGUUCGUCAGGAAAUUGAAGUAGAAACAGAUAGAAUAACAGGAAUGAACAAAGGCAUUUCUUCAAUUCCUAUUAAUUUAAGAAUAUAUUCUCCACAUGUAUUAAGCCUGACUCUUAUUGAUUUGCCGGGAAUCACUAAAGUGCCAGUAGGGGAUCAGCCUCCAGAUAUUGAGCAACAGAUCAGAGACAUGAUAAUGCAGUUCAUCUCUCGAGAAAACUGUCUGAUACUGGCUGUGACUCCAGCUAACACUGAUCUGGCCAACUCAGAUGCACUGAAGUUAGCUAAGGAAGUGGACCCUCAAGGCCUUAGGACCAUUGGUGUGAUCACAAAAUUGGAUCUGAUGGAUGAAGGAACAGAUGCAAGAGAAAUUCUAGAAAACAAACUACUCCCUCUUCGUAGAGGUUAUAUUGGUGUGGUAAACAGAAGCCAGAAAGACAUCGAUGGGAAGAAGGACAUAAAGGCAGCUCUUCUAGCAGAAAGGAAAUUUUUUCUUUCCCACCCAGCAUACAGGCACAUGGCAGAUCGCAUGGGAACACCAUAUCUCCAAAAAGUUCUAAACCAGCAACUUACCAAUCAUAUUCGGGAUACCCUGCCAGCUUUCAGAAGCAAACUCCAGAGCCAGCUGCUUUCUAUAGAACAUGAAGUAGAGGUAUACAAAAACUUCAGACCAGAAGAUCCAACCAGAAAAACAAAAGCCCUGUUGCAGAUGGUACAACAGUUUUCAGUGGACUUUGAAAAAAGAAUCGAAGGAUCAGGAGAUCAGGUUGAUACACUGGAACUUUCAGGAGGUGCCAAAAUCAAUCGUAUUUUCCAUGAACGUUUUCCUUUUGAACUAGUGAAGAUGGAAUUCAAUGAGAAGGAACUGAGGAGAGAAAUAAGUUACGCCAUCAAAAACAUACAUGGUAUCAGAACAGGUUUGUUUACUCCUGAUAUGGCAUUUGAAGCCAUUGUUAAAAAACAGAUAGUCAAGCUGAAAGGACCUUGCUUAAAAAGUGUGGAUCUGGUGAUGCAAGAGUUAAUCAACACUGUCAAGAAGUGCACUAAAAAGUUGGCAACAUAUCCAAGGUUGUGUGAGGAAACAGAAAGAAUUGUUGCCAGCUACAUUCGUGAAAGAGAAGAGAAGACCAAGGAUCAGGUGCUCCUGCUGAUUGAUAUCCAGGUUUCUUACAUCAACACCAACCAUGAAGACUUCAUUGGCUUUGCAAAUGCCCAACAAAGAAGCAGUCAGGUUAACAAAAGUGCAGUGGGAAAUCAGGGAACCAAUCUACCGCCUUCAAGGCAAAUUGUCAUCCGGAAAGGCUGGCUGACCAUCAACAACAUUGGCAUCAUGAAAGGAGGAUCCAAGGAAUACUGGUUCGUUCUAACUGCAGAAAGCUUGUCCUGGUAUAAAGAUGAUGAGGUAAGGAAUAAAGAACUUUUUUCUGCUUGGGGAAAAAAAGUGGUAUUUAUUCAGUCCUCUGAUAUCAGCUUAAAAUAUUAA